AGGAUGUUAUAACUGCCCAGGAAACUGGCAAUCAAAGAAUCAAAAGACGUGAUGUGAAACAGAAUCAAGACAUGAGGUCUGUCUGUUUAAGCCUCUUGGUCACAUGGUGCUUGUGUGGGUGCCAUCACCCAUAUAAAAUAGGCUGCUGCAGACCUAGAAACACACACAGCUGAACACACAGCUUAAAGAGAAUCCGGACUGGCACUUUUUGUUGUGGAUAAUGGCAUUUACGAAACCGAGAGAAGAAGUGGCCCUUGACACUACUGAAGAUUCCGCUGGUGAUUCUAAGAUGGGACGUGUGAAAAACAAUCAUGGAAUGAAAAUAUCAGAUAAAUUAAAUUUUCUGGACUUCAUGAUACAGAAGAAGAGUUCAAAAUGCACCCCUGAAAUGCUAUCAGACCUUGACUUCAGUGAGAACCUGGAACAGAACCGCCUGGCUGUAGCACAGCAGCAAUUGGUGGCAGCAGAGGAACGUCUCUUCGGAAAUUCAAAUGAAGCUGAAAGAGUGGAGGAAGACGAAGACAAGUUGCAGACAGAGUAUGAACUCUUAAUUUUGCAUCUGAGGAUGAUCAUCCGUGAGUCCUUAAAUGAGGACAACCAGGAGAAACUCAAGAGUGUAUUGACUUCCAUACUUCAGGAGGAGGCACAAGACAGACGCUGGGAAAAACUAGCAGCCGAUGAACGUCCACCUUGGAGACCAACGAGGUGCAGAGAGAUCCAUGACUCACUACUCCAGACUGUUGUGGAGGAACGAAUGAAGAACGGAGAUGAAAAGGAGAAUGCAGCGGACAACCUGUCUACUACCUUAAAGAGAGAGGUGUGCCGAAUGGGCAAGAAAGUGCAAAAAGAUCUGCUCAGGGUGGUCAGAAGGUUGAGAGAAUGUUAUCCACCAGACUUUGACAUUUGCAGAACGUAUGCCCUGCUUUACCAUCAGGCGUUCUCCACCAGACUCCAAGAGCUGGCAAGAGCUGAUAUUGAUUUUGAGGAUUGCCACUACUUAUUGAGUUGGGUUGCCAAGUUCUACCCAAGUGAUGUGUUGAAGCACAAAGAACUGGAGGAGCACAUCAACCAUUCAUUGCUUGGACCUCUGUUGCCUAAAGAAGAUCUUAAGAAAUUACAGGAACAGUACUUUUCAUACAAAGAGACUGAAGUCAAAAAGUGGUUGUCAAACGCUUUUGAGAAAGAAAUGAAGAGAUGGGGUGAUGGCAUGGAACCUGAACUCAUGGAUGGAUACUACUUCAGUGACCUUGCUGUCACUCUUAUACCUCUUAUUCAUUCAGCUGUGACAGACAUCAAAACAAUUAUGGGAUCUGAAAGUAAAUCUGGAUAUAUUAUUUGCCACUUGGACAGUUUUCUAAUAAGCUAUAUGAAAUGUCUUGAGGAUCAUACUAAAACAAAACAAGAAAAUAUUCCCAAAACUCUCAGUGCUAGUCUGGUUAACAUUCACCUGUUCGGGGAUUAUGUACAAAAGGCAGAAAAUCUGUUCCCAGAGGAGACUAAAACAGCAUGUUUGUCCACAAUAGCAAACGUCAAAACAAUUUGUCACAAAUAUUUUCUCAGUCGAAUUCACACCGAUCUAAAGCCACUGUACCGUAAGAUUUGGACUCAAGCCUGGUUAGCAGACCACGAUGACGUAAUACAGGGGCUGGUGAAAGAGCUUGAAAAUCACAUAGAUAAUCUGAAACAGCUGAAGCCUGUCUGCCGUGAGGAACUUGUGGGCGAGCUGCAUGUUGAAGUAAUGGUCGAGUAUGUGAGGCGAAUGAUGAAGAGAAAACUGAAGCUGAGAGAGAAAUCAAAGCAGGAACAAACUGCAGAUUUAAUGUGCAAAGACAGCCAAAUAAUCUGCUCUGUGUUUGCCGAAGCGGGGUCAAAAGAGGAAUGGCUUCCUGAAAUACUGCCAAAGUUAUCUGAGAUUCUGAGGCUUCAGGACCCUGGGAGUCUACAACUUGAGAUUGUCAGUCUAGCAAAAGACUUUCCUGAUUUGAGUGAGCAGCAUAUUCUCGCUGUCUUGAACCUGAAGACCAACCUUUCGAGUUCAGAUCUGCGCAAGAUCAAAGGGUGUUUGAGGGACAACAGGAGCAUUCUGAAUGCUGAGUCUUCAUCUUCCUUCUUUUCUAAACUGGCUAGUGGAAAACAAUGGAAGUGGUGUCGCAGGAGCAUGCUCAAAACACCGUAAAAACAGCUCAGGUGAAUAUUUUUCACACCCCCGAUGUAUUAUAGUGGGAGGAUGAAGUGGCCUGAUAUAUCAUAUGAAGAUAUAUUCAAUUAUUUCGCAUUUUCUCUCAGAGUUGACGGGUCUUCGAUGCACAACUAUAAAAGCACAGAUACGUUAGUUACCAGAAACUGUGCUCGUUAAAAUUACAAACGACCUGCUUAUAGCAUCAGAUAAAGGUAACAUCUCACUUCUAGUCCUGCUUGACCUUAGUGCUGCGUUCGAUAAUGUAGACCAUAACAUACUUUUAGAUCGCUUACACAAUUAUACCGGUAUUCAGGGAUAGCCACUACAAUCCUGCCAAAAUUAAAAAUAAAUAAAUACAAAAAUAAAUCCAUGAAGAAAUGUAAAAAAGCGAAAAUAAAUAAAUACAGAAAUUAAUUUUCUAAAAAUAAAGAAAAAUAAUGAUAUUUAAAUGUAUAUUAUUUCUACAUUUAUUUUUUUGUACAUUUUUGUAUUUCUUUUAUGCAUUCGAAAUUUUUACAUUUUCACAUUUAUUUAUUUUCACAUUUAUUUCUACAUUUCCGUGUCCAUAUGGCAAUGAGGGGGCGUGUCUUGCUACAGACAUGGCAGUCGAGCACAGAGUGGUGCUGUAGGCCACAGGUAAACUCUAAUGCCAUAGUAGGGGCGAUGCGGAGGGAGAGAGGUGGCUUGCGACCUGCUGAACACCGUGCGCAGAUCGUGGUACUCCUCCAGGACCCCAGUCAAAGCGGCGGCUUCGACCUGCAACACAGAAGGCACAGAGACAGGAGAAGGGGCAGAACCCAGAUAAGACGCAUGACAAGAAGAGCUCCAGGCCAAAAUAGAAUUCUUAACCCAAUCAAUGUGAGGAUUGUGCGGUGACAACCAAGGAUGCCCUAAUAUGAGGGGAGAAUCGAGGAUGUACAGCUCAAUACUCACAAUGAUUCCCAGCAAGAAAUUCUUACGUGAGGGGUGACGUGAGUUAUGGUAGCAAAGGCUGGCGAUCGAGAGUGGCGAUCUCGUUCGCGAUGGUGGAAUUCAGCCCGUCAAGGAAUCGAGCGCCCCUUCGUUCCAUUCGCAGAAGGCUGUUAACGUCUGAAAUUUGAUAGAGUAGUCUGUGAUCAAAUUCCUGCCUUGAGUCAAACGAGAGAGCUGUGCCACUGCCUGCUCACCUUGGGCCGGUCGAACAGCCUCGUCAUUUCUGUUCGGAAUUCCUCAAAGGAGUGACAACACGGAGUCUGGGCGUCCCAUACGGCAGUCCCCCAUUCGCGUGCUUGGCCCGUCAGAAGAGUUAAGACAAAUGCCACUCUCGCCUCUUCGGUGGCAUAGCAGCGUGGCUGGAGGGCUGGAGGGAGAACACCAGAGCACACUGCGAAAGAAAUGGUCGGCAGGCAUUGGGAUCUCUGCUGUAGAUCGGAGGACUAUUGACGUGAGGCUCCGCCUCCGCUGAAAGUCCUCGCGGCGAAGAGCUGGCAGCAGCCUGGGUUAUGGCGAGCUCUCGUCAUAGUUCGCUGUCCUGAGCGAGUAACUCCGAGACCUGGUCGGUGAGGAUUCCUACUUCCUGUGCGGUGACAUUUAGCCACAUGACCUGCUGUCCGAGGGCGACCCCCUGUUGCUGCAGGGCAUUGCGGAGAGGAUCCAUCCCCGCUGAAUCUCCAGUAUGGUCACACCGUUUUGUCAUGACUGUACGUGAACAGAAACUGCGGAGACUCAAUUGCGGGAAAUGAAUAGGUCUUUAUUGAAAAGUUUCCACAAGAAUCCACCAAGAGACACCGGGCUCGGAGCCACGUGAGUCCGCGGGGAGAGGAUUCGACCAGACCGCACUCACGGAAGAAUCUGAAGUAGACCCAGUCCGGGAGAUUCUGUCCCACGAAGGGAGGAACGCACGGCGGGGAGAACCCUCGACCCGCCGGCCGAUUCUUGCCGAGAGAGGUGGUCGCUGGUGAAGCGAUAGCUGCAUUGUAGAGAGCAGGAUGGUCUGGGAACUAAGGGAAAACAGAGCUUGAGAACAAGGGAACUAGGCACUGGAGACUUGGACUAAAGGAAUAAUACCAGAGAGUAUAACUAGAGACUACCCCGAACUGAGAGGGGAAACUAGGCUAUUACAAUGACUAGACAAGACUAGAGAAGGUCAGGGAAUGGCUGCAACAAACAACGGUCUGACACAAGACGAGAGGGAUUAAAUAGAGUAAACCUAACAGGCGGGAAUAAAGUGCAGGUGGAACAUAAUGAGGGACCAGGGCAAGCUACUGAUCAGGAACGAGCUACAGGGGUGAGAGUGAUGAGGUGAAGGGAAACUGGUGAGGGGAAAGCCUGGCAGGGAGACACGGGUGCGGGGUGAGUGACGCAGACACCGAACACGUGUGGAGCUGUCAAAGGGCACUCCACGUGUUCGACAAAACAAAACACACACCCACACAAGACACAAAGCCGUGACAAGACUGAGAUCACGACAUUAAGAGGGGCUAAGACAAGAAAAAAUAAUACAAGAUAAUACAAACCAAACAACAAAGAAGACAAAAAAGAAAGAAAAAAAAUCUCAUCCAUAUGAAUAAAUACAAAGCAAGAAAUUAUCAUUUAUAUUAUCGAAUAAGUCUAACAAAAUUCCAGCUUUUUAUUAUUUGCUUUUGACAGAGUUUUUUAAUAUUGUCCCAAAUAAUUCUUAAAUACUAUAAACAGGGUGAUUUAAAAAUUACAUUUGAGAAUACAAUUCUUAGCUAACAAAAGUAAGUUAUUAAUAAAUAAAAAACCUUUGACCUCCUUUUUCACAGUUUCCAUAUUUAAUUUUAUAUAAACGACAUGUUAAAUUUAACCACAAUUAUUGUACUUUGUCCAGGAAUGAUAGAAAUAUAUGCUCUGAAAGAAAAUAUGCUCUGUGUUUUCUGGAAAUGAGUUACAGAAUUUACACAAUAUAUAAACUCUCCCGAAGGAUAAAUACAGUUUUUAAAGGAAUUUCUUUGAUUUUUGGGAUAAACUGGAAACUUUAAAUAGGAUGUAUGUUUAAGCAUUCGUUUGUCAAAGAAAAGGUCUAAAUUCUUUCUUUCAGACUUGACUGGCUGAGACUUUGUCUAAUAUAUUUUAUAUAAUAUAAUUUCUCGCUUUUAAACUCAGUUGCGAUAAAAAAUGCGAACACGAUCUAUUCCAUUGCUGACGUUUCCAGUCGACUCGACAGCACGAUUUGGGAAGUGUCCUGUGCUGUUUUCACUCCUCCCCUUACUGCAGCCGCCUGCUCACGUCUUCUUUUCAUGCGCGGCAAGGCGCAUCUCGAACAAGCCUAUAACUGCCUAUUAUUAGAAAAUGAAAGUGUUUUUACACCCUUUAUGUACGUAAACUUGUUGUUGGACACUCCAUAAUCCAAAGUAGGACCUUAAAAAUCACAAAAUAUUUACUCUUUAAGACUGUCAUCAAAAACUACAGAUGUUCAGCAUAUAGUAUUUAUAAAUAUUUAGCUGGAUAAUGUCUAUUAUAAAAGUAUGUUCCUCAUGAACUUCAUGAAGAUUCUAGAAUUUUUUUCUUGUUUGUCAACAUGUGUACACUACUGGUUUAGGAGUAUUUUUUCCACAUUUUUAAAUAAAAGUAAACUCCUCAAAACUAUUGAAUAACACAACUUUGUGUACUGUGUUGUGAUUAAAGCAAUCCAAAAUAAACCAAAUAAUAUGAUUGUUUAGCAUCUUUAAAGCUGUAACAUUUUGCCUAGAUCUUGAACUAAUGAGUUCUUGGUGGUGGUGAAUAGGUUGAUAUCGAUGCCUCGAGAUUGUUCGCUCUACCUUGUGUUAUAGAGUGGGUAAAGUAUUGAGAAAACAAUGUUUAUUAUAAAGAAACGCUUUAGACAUAGUAGAAAUUGCAUUUAUCAGGGCUCACUGAAAUAGUAUAAAUAAAGAAAUAAAUGUGUGCGUGUGCGUGCGUGCGUGUUUAUAAUUUUGCAAGUGUCCGAUCCCGCACCCUCACAGCCAUAGGCUUUCUGCGUUAACCAGCUACAUUAACUGGCUGUUUGGCUUCGCUUGUUUUUGAAAGGGUCAUUUAUAUUCUCAUAGUUUGCCAUCGUGUGUUGAUUCACAUUAUUGGCAUAAAUCACUCAUUUGUGUAUAGGGACAAGUGUCCCAUCCAGAAUGCCAAUCACUCGCGGCACACUCGCAAUGGCAUGGAAGCCUUGAUGUGCCUCCAUCAUGUCGUGCCUGGCGAAAGGCAUACGUAUGUAAUCAGUGGCAGGCUAAAUUUGUGUAGAAUUUUCUCUUCUGACAUGGUAGUCAGGGGACUAAAAUAUUCUCUAGUGAAAUUGUGCAAAUACACUAACUGGCUCCGUGGACGGCGCCGUCUUUGAUUUUAGACAACUAUUCGCUGUCUCGCUGCCAUAGUUUGACAAAACUCCCCAUAACAUUAAUUCCCUUUAGACUACGCUUUUCCUGUCAAAUGGUUUGCCAGCUGAUGUGCCUUGGGGUAAUAGGCUGUAAUUAAAAACGCUAACAACCAUCAGUGUAUGACAAUUUUAUUCAUGAAAACACUUCAAUAGCCUACACUGAGUGUAUACCCGAGUAUUUUAUUUGUAAAAUUAAAACUAAGUUAAAGUAAAAAUGUAAAUUUAAUACUAAACAGAAUCUUAUAUUAAAUUUUAUAUGUGAAAUUAAACUGCGAUGUAGAAAAGCUUUUAGCGGUAUGAACCAUCAAAGGCGAUAAGGUAUAGCUAAGACCAACCUUGCGAAAGUAUAACUUACAGAAGGUAUACUUAACUAAGAAGAUUUCGGGAAACACGUAUUAACGAUAAGGUACAGCUUAAGGUAUAACUUAAGAACGACGUAGCGUUAAGAAGGUUUCGGGAAACGCAGGCCUGAACCCUGUAAUGCUUUUUAUCACUAAAGAAAUUCUUUUAUGGGUCCUUUUUUUUAAUUAUUCACUCCAAGUCAUCCAUUUCAAGAACAUUUGUAAUCAAAUUUGAGUUUUGAAAUGAAGUGAAUUCAAAUGUUUGCACUAUUUCUGUCUACAAAAGUAAGACAAAGCAGUUAAAAGUAGUAUAAAAUAUAUAUCUUAUUUUUACAAUAAAUAUUUGACAUUUUUAGCAGUUUUAGGGGCGGUUCACGGACAGGUCUUAAAUCUAGUCCUAAUUUAAUUAUCUUAAAAUAAUCCCUGUUCGGGAAAUCAACCCUUAAUGUCCGUGAACAAUUUUGCAAAUGUCACUUUAAAUACAUGUUUGUAUUAUUUGUAAAUAGUUUAUUUAGUCACAGUAGGCUAUUUCAAGCCAUUUUGUAACUUUACAUCUGGAAUGUAACAAAGUUUUUAGAGGGCUGUGAAAUGUGUCAAGAAAGUUGGAAAAACUGUAAGAUGCUACAAAACAACAAGAACCAUUAUGUCAUGUGAAAAACAAUGGUGAGAUGUAUUACAUUUAGUCAUUUUUUGAUGUAUAUAUGCAUGCUUUAUAUAUUUAUUAUGUAUAGACAUAAUGUAAUGUAUUAAUGUAUUCCAUCUGAAGUUGUUGUUGCGUGUUACAAGCUGUUUCAUUACUAGGCCAGUACUAUGAUUAUAUUCAUUGUCAUGUGUAACAGAGGCCAGCUAAUGAAGAGCUGUGCAGUGUGUAAACCUCACUCCCCGACCUCUGCGGUCUUUAGCCUCCUCGUUAGAUCGCCCGACUCCCAUGCCGGACAGACCCGGUUCGAGGGGCCAGUAGAUUCGGUUACACGUGCAUGCAUCGAUGCAGAAUAAUGAAUGUCUUAAAUACAAUUAUCUGUUGCUGGAGAAAUAAAUGCAUUAUUAAAAUCCUUCAAUCAGCAAAUACUCAUUUCUAUCUAGUAUUGGUCAUUUAUAAUUAUAUUCAUAUGCAUUCAUACUGUAAACAAGUUUAUAAUUAAACUAGUCCUUUCCCUUUAAGUUAUGACAGAUUGGUUAGCCACAGGCUGCAAAACCACAUGAUGUGACGCCAACGUACAACACCCUGUCAUACACUAGAACAGAUCUUUGAAUAAACAAAGGCUCCAUUUUCUAGAAACAAUGACAUGUUUUAUAGCAGUACAGUAUUCUGGGUACUGUCCUGGAUAUAAAAUGGGAUGAGUCACUGGUUCCUCAUCCUGACAUCCUUGAUCCUGCAUGACCAGUGCCAUUAGCUGUGAUGACGUACUUUCCACUCCAGUUACUCUAAACAGCAUUAUGUUGACUAUUAACCACAACUCAACAUGCAUUCACUCACAGCUGAGUGUAUCAGUGAAAUAGAUCUUUCUUUAAUCACAGUGGGAUGUUUAGGCGAAGAAUGUGUAUUGUUGUUGGGUUUCAAUGUCACCAAGACGAUAAAACACAACAAAUGGAAUUAUGGGUAUUGAAGCCAAUGGAAACGUUCAAAAAGUAACAUGCAGAAUCCAGUUUGUUGUAUUGUCCAAAUGCCUUAUUUGUGCAUUUUGUGUUAGAAGUAUUCUUGGGCUUUACAAUAUAGGUGUAUUCGUAGUUGUACAUUUCUGUGUUUGUUUACAUUUUAAAGCCCACUGUUCUUCUUUAUAGCAUUAGUGAUUUUUCCCUUUUCUUUUGUUGGGUGCUUCACUGCCUACUAAGUUUAGCAUUUACAUAUUCAUGACUUUCAGUUUUACUUUCUCUUUCUUUCCUCUUCCCGGAAAAUGGAAGAGAUGCUUUCUUGGAGUGACCUCAUUCUGGACUUUUGGGGACUUUCCCUCACUGCAGGACAGAAAUGAAUAGCAUGAGUAUCACGGCCAAGUGACCUUUAAGGCUAUACUGCCAUCUGCAGUGCAUCUGACAAAUCACAGCGAUCGCAUUUACACAUUAUGUACACAUAAACAGGGCCUCCAGAUUGUAUUUAUCCCCACAGAUUCCUUUUCAAUUUGAUAUGUUGCAUGGUCAAAUAAAAGACGAUUUAAAUAGGA